UGCCAGCGAUCGGCAGAUCGAUAUUUUUAACCUUUCACACCGUAGAUGCGUCAUCUUGUUGUCUGUAGCAGAGCAGGCAGUUGAGAUCCUUAUUCCACCAUGUUUUUGAAAACAAACACCUGCAUGCUGGUGUUCUUGUUGUGUUCUAUGAGCCUGUGGGUAAAGUCGAUCAGUGCAGGCUCCAGCUUCCUCAGCCCUUCACAGAAACCUCAGUACAGGGGAAGACCUUCCAGGGUUGGCCGCCAUGUCAUGGAGGAGCCUAGACAACCCAGUGAGGACAAGCACAUCAAAAUAAGUACCCCAUUUGAAAUUGGUAUCACAAUGAGAGAAGGGGACUACGGGGAGUACGGCAGAGCAGAGGAUUACGAUGUGGCGUUGCAGGAGAUCAUCCAGCGUUUGCUGGAGAACACGGAGACGGCAGAGAUAAAACCGCCGCCACAACUCUGAAGAUCAUCGACAAAAAUUUCAAAUCUGCUGUCUCGGUGCCUUCCAAUUUCAACUUCAUUAGAUAUGAAUCCUCAAAAUACUGAAAACAGAAAGCUGCUUGUCUCAUCUCUUUGAGAGGUUAAAUGCGUGUGCUAUUUACACAAACAGUUAGACUGAGUCAUUACAGACAGCAUAACAGCUGUUCAGCAGGUGAAACCACAAUACAUGAGAAUUCCUACAGAAUAACUAUUAACACAGAAUACAAGUUGGAUACGGUUAAAAACAGUUAAAAUGAUAAAAUGAUUUUUUUAUUUUUGUCAAACUACCGGUACUGUUUUCAAGGUUAAUACCGAACCCCCAUUCUCAAAUGUCUAAACUUAGUGAAAUAAAUGUCUCAAUUGUAAUCGAUUUCCAUUUUUAAAUCUCUCCCAUGUAAGCAGAUGAGUCAAGCAGAUUUUUUACCUUUUUAGUUAAGUAACAACCAGUCCUGAUUUGUCAUCAGAGACCUACAUCUGCCUGGGAAAAUAAAGCAUCAAUUACA